UUCUCGCUCCACCCACCGGGGCGACUUGCCACUUCCCGCUUCGUUCACCGGCCAGCACGUCGACAACCACUAAAACCAUCAGGCGCCAUGCAACCGGGCACCAUGGAACCGGAGCCGGAAACGCUCGACAUCGUCAUCGUGGGCGCAGGCCUCAGCGGCAUCAACUCGGCGUACCGCGUGCAGACGGCGCUGCCGCACCGCAGCUUCGCCGUGCUCGAGGCGCGCCGCGUCAUCGGCGGCACCUGGGCCUUCUGGAAGUACCCCGGCGUGCGCACCGACAGCGCCAUGGGCCUGUUUGGCUUCCCCUGGCGGCCCUGGCCGCACACGAUCAACAUGGCCCCGGCCGAGGGCAUCCGCGCCUACAUCGAGGACUGCGCCGCCGCCGAGGGCAUCGACAAGAAGAUCCGCUUCGGCCACCGCGUGGUUGCCUCCAACUGGAGCAGCGCGGAGCAGCGCUGGACGCUGCACGUCGACGUGACGCGCGAGGACGGCUCUGUCGCGAAGAAGGUGAUCAAGGCGUGGUGGGUCAUCAACGCCAGCGGCUACUACAGUUACGAGAAGCCGCUGCCGACGGUGAUCCCGGGAAUUGAAAACUUCGGCGGGCAGGUUGUGCACCCGCAGUUCUGGGACGAGCGCGUCAGCUGCGCUGGGAAGCGCGUCGUUAUCAUCGGAUCCGGUGCCACGGCCGUGACGCUGCUGCCCGCCAUCGCCCAGACCGCCCAGAGCGUGACUAUGCUCCAGCGCAGCCCGUCCUACAUCCUCAGCUUGCCGAGCCGAGAUAAUGUUGUCGCCUUCUUGAGCAAGUUCCUGCCCCUGAAAUGGGCGCGGUUAGUCAACUGGUGGCAGCGCAUGAUCUUGGAGACCCUGUUUGUCUCCUUCCUCUUGAACUUCCCCCGCGCGGGCAGACGCCUGCUCAUGAGCCAGGCGCGGAAGCAGCUGCCCAAGGGCUUCGACGUCGACAAGCACUUCAACCCCUGGUACAACCCCUUCGAACAGCGUCUGUGCUUGUGCCCUGGCGGCGACUUCUUCAAGGCGCUGCACCGCCCCAACGCCCGCAUCGUCACCGACACCAUCAAGACCGUCACCGAGACAGGCAUCCUGCUGAAGUCGGGCGAGACGCUCGAGGCAGACAUGAUCAUCACGGCCACUGGGCUCUACUUCUCCCUGCUGUCGGGCGUGGAUGCCCGGGUCGAUGGCGAGUCUGUGAUCGAGACGCUCGGCAGCCGGUACAUCUGGAACGGCUGCAUGCUCGAGGGCGUGCCCAACUCGGGCCUCAUCACGGGCUACACGGCCGCCACCUGGACGCCGGGGGCGGACGUGCGCGUGCGCCAGCUGAUCCGGGUCAUCAAGCACCAGGAGAAGUCCGGGGCCGCCUCGGCGACGCCGCACAUCGAGCCGGCCGUGCGGGCCAAACUCCCCGUGCUGCCGGCGGUAGGGCUGAAUUCGACGUACAUGGUGUCGGCGCACGACCGGAUGCCCAAGGUCGCCGGCAGGGCGCCGUGGGUGAACGGGGCGAACUGGGCCCAGGACGUGUGGCGGCUGAUUACCAGCGAUGUCAGGCAAGGGAUGAAGUUCACGUACGCCGAUAAGAAGAAUGUCUGAUUAGAGCGUUGGUGCGUGUACGUUUGGAGCGCUAGGAGUGUCCAACACAUAUUUCGGGAAACGUAUAUAUCGGGGGAGGCUUUCGCUGAUUUGUGCGACUCCUAUGCCAAAGUUUUCAAAGGAGGGGGAAUUGCCUUAUUAUCCUUCUUAAUACUCGCUGGAGACG